CAAAAAUAUCAGUAUGAGUGAGUAGUAGUGGCCAUGGGCAGCAGCUAUGGAGUCUUUAUGCUUGCAUGCAUACCAGGGUUGAUCAUGACCUUGAUGCUCAACCCCGUGGCUUGGGUUGAUGCAGCCAUACCUUGGCCACCUGGUGUCAAAGAUCAUAUUAACCGGAAGCUCACACCAUGCAGGUCAUUCCUCUUAGGCCAACAGAAUAAACCACCGCCAGCAUGUUGCACGGGCGUUAAGGGCUUAAAUGCAGAGUACAAAACUGCAACAGAUAGGCAGAGAGCAUGCUCAUGCUUGAAGGCUAGCUUUACUAAGCACCAGCCCGCAUUCAGACUGUCUUUUGCCCAGCGGCUUCCGGGGGAGUGUAAUGCUAAUAUUCGCAAUACAAUCAUCGCCAACUUCGACUGCUCCAGGGUGAAAUGAGAAAGAAGGGAAAGGCAGCACUGAAUCGAUGAAUGCAAUCAAUUGGGAAGAAGAUAGUACUAGUUGUACUAGUUGUGUGCAAUUUGUGUUUAUCAGGCAAUUUCUAAGUAUAUUUGCAAUCGAAUAAAUGCCCCAAGUAUGCUUACAACGU